GUUUUUCACUCACACCAUCUGUUUGAAGUUAUUUCGAAGUCUCUCUGGUUUUGAUUUUUUUUUUUCAAAAAAAAGAAAGAACCCAGAGAUGACAAUUCGGCAGUUUAAAGAUGUUGAAAGUGGUGAAAUCAAUGGGCUUGAAGAUUUAGAGAAGCCAUUGAUUGGUGCAGAUGAUGAGAAAAUUGUUGUUCAUCAUGAAAAUGGAUCCAUUUGGAUGGUUUUGCUUUGCACAUUCGUUGCUGUUUGCGGUUCAUUUGAAUUUGGGUCAUGUGUGGGGUAUUCAGCACCCACUCAAUCAGCUAUCAGUGAAGAUCUUAAUCUAUCCCUAUCUGAGUUUUCAAUGUUUGGUUCUAUCUUAACCAUUGGUGCAAUGCUUGGUGCUGUCACUAGUGGUCGGAUUGCAGACAUGAUUGGUCGAAAAGGGGCAAUGAGAUUAUCAGCUGGUUUUUGCAUCACUGGAUGGCUUGCUGUUUAUUUCUCUAAGGGAGCUGUUUCACUCGAUAUUGGAAGGUUUUCCACUGGAUAUGGCAUUGGAGUUUUCUCAUACGUGGUUCCAAUCUUCAUAGCUGAAAUAGCACCAAAGAAUCUCAGAGGAGGGCUCACAACAUUGAAUCAGCUCAUGAUUGUUACCGGUUCAUCAGUUGCAUUCUUAAUAGGAACAAUUAUACCAUGGAGGGAACUUGCUCUAACUGGACUUGUGCCAUGCAUUUUCCUGUUUGUUGGCCUCUGUUUCAUACCGGAAUCUCCAAGAUGGCUGGCAAAGGUUGGCCAAAACAAAGAAUUUCAGGUUGCUCUUCGAAAACUUAGAGGCAAAGAUGCUGAUAUCACUCAAGAAGCUGCAGAAAUUCAAAUGUACAUUGAAACUCUUCAAAGCCUACCAAAAACUAGAAUGCUGGAUUUGUUUCAACCAAAAUACAUUCGUUCAGUGAUGAUUGGAGUUGCAUUAAUGGUGUUUCAACAAUUUGGAGGAAUUAAUGGAAUAAGUUUCUAUGCAAGUGAAACCUUUGCAUCAGCUGGGCUUUCUUCAGGAAAAGCUGGAACCAUAGCUUAUGCUUGUGUUCAGGUCCCUAUAACUGUUGUGGGAGCAAUGUUAAUGGACAAAUCAGGGAGAAGACCAUUGAUAAUGGUUUCUGCAGCUGGCACAUUUCUUGGUUGCUUCAUGUCUGGCACUUCAUUUUAUCUCAAAGAACACAAUCUUUUGCCUGAAUGGGUGCCAAUAUUAGCUGUUGGUGGAGUCCUUAUUUAUGUGGCAUCUUUCUCAAUUGGAAUGGGAGCAGUCCCUUGGGUGAUAAUGUCUGAGAUUUUCCCUAUAAAUAUUAAGGGAGUAGCGGGUAGCUUGGUGGUCUUGGUGAACUGGUUAGGUGCAUGGGCAGUUUCUUACACAUUCAACUUCCUCAUGAGCUGGAGUUCAUCAGGAACCUUUUUUAUAUACUCAGGAUUCUCUUUAAUGACUAUCCUAUAUGUAGCCAAAUUUGUCCCAGAAACUAAAGGGAAAACACUAGAAGAAAUCCAGGCAUGCAUCAAUUCAUAGAAGGGGGGAAAAAAGAGUUUAAUAUCGGUUCAAAAAUGGGGGGGGGGGGGGGGAAUAUGCCAUGAAUAUUUGGAGAAGAUUUUUGGAAGAAAAAUUUUGGAUCAGUUCUUUCUGCUUCAAGGAUCUUCUCAAUUUCUGACUGGGAAAAGUUUCCAAGUCAUGACAGAGCAAUGAGUGGAUUCCAUGAAAUUUAUUUAUGGUUAAAGAUUAUGCAGCUCUACCAGUGAUUUCAGGCCUUUCCCCCUCUUGUUUAUUCAAUUUCAGGAUAUAUGGAUCUAGUUUUACUGUUUUAUUACAUUAGUGAUCAUUGUAAUACAAUACAGUAAUUUUCAGAGGAACAAAGAAUAACGAUUUUGAUUAAGAAAA